UAUUAGGAAGUUUGGAAAUCUCCACUUCCGGAAGAAUUUUUUGACUCAAUUUCACCUGACAAUUUGUUUUUGUUGAGAAAACGUACCAACUUAUUGAGCGAAGAUGAACCGUCUUUUUGGAAGAGGUAAAGAAAAACAACCACCACCAAAUCUUACUGACUGUGUCAAUAGUAUUGACAGCAGAGGAGAAUCGAUUGACAAAAAGAUCGGUAGACUUGAUGCAGAAUUGAAAAAAUACAAAGAUCAAAUGAAGAAGAUGAGGGACGGGCCGUCCAAAAAUAUGGUAAAACAAAAGGCGAUGAGGAUUUUGAAACAGAAAAAGAUGUACGAAAACCAGAGAGACAACUUAAUGCAGCAGUCGUUCAACAUAGAACAACAGAAUUAUGCUAUCCAAUCGCUGAAGGAUACCAAGACAACAGUUGAUGCUAUGAAGAUUGGUGCGAAAGAAUUCAAGAAGGCAUACAAGCAUGUAAACAUUGAUAGUAUUGAAAAUCUACAAGAUGAUCUGGAAGAUUUAACGGAACAGGCAAAUGAAAUACAAGAAGUAAUGGGCAGAAGUUAUGGCAUGCCCGAGGUCGACGAUGAUGAGUUGGAAGCUGAGUUAGAUGCUCUGGGUGAUGACUUGGCCCUCGAUGAAGAUUCCUCUUACCUUGAUGAUGUGGCCCUACCAAGUGUGGCGACCAGUGAGCCAGGAGGUGAGAGCAUGAAGGAAGGAAACGUUCCUGUAGAUGAAUUCGGACUACCGCAGAUUCCGCAGAGUGCAAAAUGAACCGCAUUACAGACCAUUUAUCGCUGCCGGACUUGUUGAAUUAUAUUUAUGAUAAAAUGUUCAAAUUUUUGUGAGUUUGAGAAACAAAGAUAAAAAUAUAUUCAUACCAAUGUUCCUUUCAUGAAAUAUUUAAGCAAAU